GGAAGUGGUCUGAAUACCUUCCUAGUGAGCUGUAUUUAACCAUACCAAACGUAACAUAUCAUACUAAAUGGAGUGAAUCGGAGUUAUGUACAGAAUAAUACGAAAUUAUAUGAGACCAGGUUGCAACUGCAGCCCUGUUCCAAAAGGAACGUGAUCAAUUUUCACCCGGUGCAAAAACGCCUACCCGGGCCAGAUUAUACGAAUCUUUCCCAAUGCAAUGAACGGGACAGCGGUGCUUGAAGAAGUGAUGGGCGAGUAAAAUCGAUAAACUCUCGGUUUUGUUUCUAAAGAUUGGUGUCAACGUAAAGUCAAUCCAAAUUUUUGGUGUUUAUUUGCAAAUUACGGCGGGACUCAAACAACAUACGGAGGGGAAUUGAAAAUGGAGGUAGAAAAGGAAAUAAAGAAGAUGACCCUGGGCCACGAGAUUGGUGCCGGAGCCGCGUGCCUGAAAUGCAAGGACAAAUGCGAGGGGUUCGAGCUGCACUUCUGGAGAAAAAUCUGCCGGAACUGUAAGUGUGGCCUGAUGGACCACGAUGUUCAGAUGAACUCUGAGGAUGACAGGAAGGUUGGUAAGCUGUUUGAGGACACCAAGUACACGGGUCUCGUCGCCAAGCUCAAGACAGAUGGCGCCCCCACAUACAAGGGCAACCAGGUCACCUUCUCCAUCUCCCCUAGCCCCAUGUCAGCCACCUCUGUACCAUACAGUCCCCACACUGUGCCAGCCAAUGCUGGCUAUGGUGCUGGGGUUGGGGCGGGGGCCGUACCGGGGUCUGGUGCUGGUGCCGGUUAUGGGGCCAGUGCUGGGCCCGCUACCAUGUCCAAACCAGGGGCAAUCAGACCUAAUGCUGUGUCAGUCAAUGUCGUGCCAGUCAGGAAGGAUGCUGUGAAGUCUGUCACCUACGAGUGGGCACCACCAGGGGUCAAACAGUAUAUGGCUGUCCGCUACAUUGAGCUCCUGCCCCCAGAGAGGCGUCCCAUAGCGGGCACGGAGGGUGCAGCCUACCGCCGGCAACAGAUGGCAGUGCAGCUACCGGAGCAUGACCAGGACCCGGCCAAGUGCCACGAGCUUACCCCUGCAGAGGUCAAACAGAUGCAGCAGUUUGUCCGCAAGUACAAGGACGAGGCCCUGGGAGUGGGAGACAUCAAGCUGCCCGAGGAGAUGAUGGGACUGGGUCAGGAGAGAGCACCAGGCAUGGGAGCACCAGGCAUGGGAGCACCGGGCAUGGGAGCACCGGGCGUGGGAGCACCGGGCGUGGGAGCACCAGGCAUGGGAGCACCAGGCGUGGGAGCACCAGGCGUGGGAGCACCAGGCGUGGGAGCACCAGGCAUGGGAGCACCAGGCAUGGGAGCACCAGGCAUGGGAGCACCAGGACAAGGACGACCAGGGAUGGCAGAACACCCAGGGAUGGCAACAGCUGGGGGAGCCUUUGGGCCUGCAGGUCCUGGUCUUCGGACUAGACCCGGGGCUGGGGGUGCACUUGGGCCAGCAGGACCAGUUCAGCCUGGGACGGGGGCUGGGGGUUACCCUGGGGCUGGAAAGGGUGCACCAGAAGACAUGGGUACUGCUGCCACCACUACCGCUGGGUCAAUGGGCACUCCGGGAGCCCCUGGAUCUCACCUGGCUGGGCCCUGUGGACAAUACUCGUGCCACCAGUGCCAACUGCCCAUGCGUCAGGGCGAGCCUGCGGUGUACGCAGAGCGUGCUGGCUACGACAAGCUGUGGCACCCGGCCUGCUUCGUGUGCUGCACCUGCUCAGAGCUCCUGGUGGACAUGAUCUACUUCUGGAAGAAGGGACAGCUCUACUGCGGACGCCACUACGGAGACAGCGAGAAGCCCCGCUGUGGAGGCUGUGACGAGCUGAUCUUCAGUAAUGAGUACACACAGGCCGAGGACCAGAACUGGCACCUGAAACACUUCUGCUGCUUCGACUGUGACUGUGUUCUGGCUGGAGAGACCUAUGUUAUGGAGAACAACAAGCCUGUCUGCAAGCCCUGCUACAUGAAGAGCCACGCAGUAGUAUGUACAGCCUGUCAGAACCCAGUGGAGCCCGAGGCCCAGCGCGUCUCCUACGGGGAGUUCUACUGGCACGCUGAGCCCCAGUGCUUCCAGUGCUCCUGCUGUGCUAAGUGUCUCAUUGGAGAGCGCUUCAUGGCCAUACAGGGCAUGCUCUUCUGCUCUGUCGAGUGCAAGAAGAAGACAAUGACCUAGAGAAGACUAUGUGGCCCAGAGCAGCUCAACCUGAUGACAAAAUUAUUCAAGUCUGGUCUAGAAUGCGAAAAAUGGUCAUUUCCCUUGACCUCAAACAAUGUGGUUCAGUCUGCAACUGAUUCUUGCCCAGAUCAACUCUGCUCCUGAUGACAACCAACCCUAGUCCUGAACCCUAGUCCUGAGCUAAUUUUAGUUUUCACUCUGCUUAUUUCCGCUCAAGACUGCAACCGGUCAUCUGAAUAACAGUUGGGAAUUUCCUCAAUAUUGUCUGUUUCUCACUUGACAUGCAACUGUUUUGUUCUACUGUAUCUCAAUGAAACUACUCUAGUUUUAUUGAGAUACAUUUUGUUGAAGUCUUGUUUCAGCACACUUUAAAAAAAUUUUACAGUCACUUAUUCAUCAGGGUGUAAAUCAGCUUUGGAUUCACGACUCUGUCUACUACCAAAAUAACUACCUUGGGUUGUUCUCAUAUCAUUCGGCCUGUUGCUUUCUCUCUAGAAUGUACGACUGAUUACAGACAUCCAACUCGAAGCAGCAGUAUAAUAGCAAUAACCUUACAAGAAAUUAUGCUUUGUGUGCAGUGUUUCUUUUCCGCUAGAAGCAGCUCUUCAUUGUUGUUACAGGCGGAUAAGUAUCUGACUAUGCCAAGUGGCUGACUGAUUCUCUCCAACACAGUCCUGGAGAACCCAUGGGGAGCGCAGAUUUUCACAAGUGACACUUUUAUGGAAAACAUCACUGAAAUGUGAAUGCAGGUGAUGUCAUAUCUAUGCGAUCGACAGAACGUCUUCAAAUUACGACUCUUAAGGACCAACGAAAUGAGAAAGUACUUUUCUUUCUACUGUGGUGUCUAAUGACCUGCGUCCUCCUUUCUUUCCUGCUGUCUUUUUUUGCUAUUAUGAUAUUGUCUUCUCAAUAAUUUGCCAUUUGCUUUCCUUUGUUUCUUGCUCAGUGAAAAGCACUUUAUGAUAUUUUCUCCUCACGCUCUUACAACCUAAUAAAGAUUUUUUCCAUGAUUA